CCCAGGAGGGAGCUGGGCACAAAGAUAAGAGCUCCACGUGCCCUGUGUAUCACGGGAGGGGCUGUAAACAGGCCUGCGCAGGGGUUAUCGGAGCCCUGCACCUGCGGGUGGCUCCUGCCCCGGUCGUCAGCCCCAUCGCCGGUGUGGAGAGAUGUGUGGGUGUAUGUCCAGCCCUGUAUCCGUCCCUCCACAGCCCUGGGACAACAGCUGCUCCGCUGCCCCUCCAUGUGCUAUGGGAUGCUCCCUCCUGCCUGGGUCAAGGCCGGGCCCGGGGCCCCACGUCAGCGUCCCCGGGGUGUCGCAAGAGCCUCGGUGGGGGCAGCCGGGAGUGCUGAGGGAGGGGGACGGUCCCUUGGGGAGACACACGCAGGUCUCGAGAGGCGCUUUAGGUGCUGCUUGGGGACGCUACGGCAGCCCCAUGGGGCGGGGGUCGCUGUGUCCCACGGGCCGGGGGUGCUCCGUCCUCCCCCUCUCCCCCGGUGUGAGGCCGGGAUACGCAGCGCCCAUCGGUGCGGCGGCGAGGCCGGUCCCUGACCCCGGUUAAUGAUUCGCCGCCCGGAGCUUCCCGCUGCCAGCGGCGCCGUUGGGCAAACAGCAGCUCCGGGCCCGGGCCGGGGGGCACGGCGGGGGCAGCGCCCAGGAGCGGGGAGCGGGCCCCGUGUGCGGGAGCCAGGCGUGAAGAGGCGUCCGUACCCCACGGGGGGGGCACGGGGGGAUGGCUGCCCCAUUUGGGGUCACCGCCUCGGAGUGCCCCGGCUCCGUCCCGGCCGUGCUGCCCGAGGCGGGGCCGGGGCGGGGCGGUUCCGCAGGGCCCCGUUAAAGCGGCGGCGGCCGGCGGCGGUGGCCGAAGGCGGUGGCGAUGGGCAGCGAGGGCCAUCGGGGCUCAGCGGCGGCCCAGGGCUCGGGGCAGGGCGACCCCCGGGCCCUGCGGAGGGACUGCCAGCACCGGAUCUUCGUCAACCGGAGCCUGGCGCUGGAGAAGAUCAAGUGCUUUGGCUUUGACAUGGACUACACCUUGGCCAUGUACAAGUCCCCUGACUACGAGGAGCUGGCUUUUGCUCUGUUGCUGGAGCACCUUGUUGCCAUUGGGUACCCUCCUGAGAUCCUUGCCUACAAAUAUGACCCCACCUUCCCCACCCGGUUAGUUUGUGGAGGGGAUCCCAGUGAGGGGAGGGUAAGUGAACCCCCCACCCAACUGACAGCUGUGUGGUGCAGGGGUCUGGUGUUUGAUGCCCUGUACGGGAACCUGCUGAAGGUGGAUUCUCAUGGAAACCUGCUGGUCUGUGCCCAUGGCUUCCGUUUCCUCAAGGGAGCCGAAAUCCUCCACUAUUACCCCAACAAGUUCAUCCAGCGGGAUGACAUGAAACGCUUCCACAUCCUCAACACCCUCUUCAACCUCACAGAGGCCCACCUCUAUGCCUGUCUCGUGGACUUUUUCACCAACUGCUCCAGAUAUGUCAACUGUGACACUGGCUACAAGCAUGGGAACCUCUUCAUGUCCUUCCGCAGUAUGUUCCAGGAUGUGCGCGAGGCCAUGGACCAUGUCCACCUCUCUGGCUGCCUCAAGGAGAAGACGCUAGAGAACCUGGAGAAAUACGUGGUGAAGGAUCCCCGUGUGCCGCUGCUGCUGAGCCGCAUGAAAGAGGUGGGGAAGGUCUUCCUGGCCACCAACAGUGACUACACCUACACUGACGCCAUCAUGUCCUACCUAUUUGACUUCAGCAAUGAGGACAAGGCUGACGUCCCACGGCGCCCCUGGAGGUCCUAUUUCGACCUGAUUGUGGUGGACACCCGCAAGCCCCUCUUCUUUGCUGAGGGCACCGUCCUGCGCCAAGUCGACACGGACACGGGGAAGCUGCGCAUGGGGACAUACACUGGCCCCCUCCAGCACUGUGCUGUGUACUCUGGUGGCUCCUCAGAUGUGGUGUGUGACCUCCUGGGUGUGAAGGGCAAAGACAUCCUCUACAUGGGGGACCACAUCUUUGGGGACAUUCUCAAAUCCAAGAAGCGGCAGGGCUGGCGCACCUUUCUGGUGGUGCCCGAGCUGGCCCAUGAGCUGCAGGUCUGGACGGAGAAGAGUGAGCUGUUUGAGGAGCUGCGGAGCCUGGAUCUCUUCCUGGCCAAGCUGUACCAGCACUUGGACAGCGGCAGUAGUGAGCGCCCAGACAUCAGCUCCAUCAAGCGUCGGAUCCAGAAAGUCACACAUGAGAUGGACAUGUGCUAUGGGAAGAUGGGCAGCCUGUUCCGCUGUGGCUCACGUCAGACACUCUUUGCCAACCAGCUGAUGCGCUAUGCAGACCUCUAUGCUGCCUCCUUCAUCAACUUCCUCUAUUACCCCUUCAGCUACCUCUUCCGGGCACCCCCUGUCCUGAUGGCCCAUGAGUCAACAGUGGAGCACUCUUGCCGGGACUCAGGGGACGCGGUCACUGCCCUUCCUCCCUGGCUGGCCCAGCAUGGUGACCCUGGCCAGCAGGUCCCCCAGGACUCAAGUGGGGAGGAGGAAGAUGAUGGAGAAGCCUGAGCACAUCCCAACUGCUGCCAUGCUGCCCAUGGGAGGACAUUCAGUGGCCCUGGACCACUUGCACUCAUGGCCAGCUUCCACCUCUGGUGGCCACAGGAUGGCUGGUGGCCCUGACUCAUGGCCCUUGUCACACCUGUCCCUGGGCAGCUGGGACCUUCUCCUGACUCUGCCCAGAGCCAGGAGAGGGUCCCCCCCAGGUCUGCUAGCUCCUGCCUCUUUAAUUCAUAUCUGCCUGGUGCCCCUUUAACUCAUUCCUCUCCCACCAGCUCAAUGCCAGCAUGGGGGCAUCCAACACCAGGCUGAACAGAAAGUGCCACUGCUGCAGUAUCACUGGAAGCCCCACUGCAGCAGCUGGGGUCCCAGCAGCUCCUGCCUGUUUAGCCUCUGGGCCUGGCCAUGAGCACUGCAAUGCUGGGGGGGGGAGGGGGGGGGCUCUGGAGGUGACACCUGGCCCUUCACUUGCUGUUCUUCUUUUCUUCUUUCUACCCUUUUCUAUUUAUAAAAAAAUACUCAAAACUCCUGGCACCGCAGAUACAUAACAUUGGUUUUAAAGGAAAACUGCUUUGUCCCUGCACCUGAGAGGUGGGGGCAAAGGGCAGUCCCCAAGUCCUUGCCCAGCAGCUGGGACAAGCACAAGCCCUUAGGGAAAAGGUGGCAGCCCUGAGCUAUCCCCACCUCUGCAGAGGGGGCCAGGCCAGCAGCACUCCACAGAGUGGAGCCAGCCCUAUGCCAACUCUGGCACACUGCUCUGAGACUUCUGCCAUAGAGAUGCUGAGCCAAGGCUGGGGUUGGAGACAGGAAGAAAAGAGCGUGAUGGGGCCAGGACCACUGCUUGCUGGGGCUGGGUGGAUGACAGUAGGGCUCCCCCACCUUCCACAGCUGCUCUAUGGUCACUGUUCACAGCAGAGAGCACCUGCCAAUCCCCUCUGCAGUCUCUUGCCUGGUACCUUGUGCUGCUGCCUGCUCCAAGUGCAGGGACAGCAGCAGAGGGGGCCUGAGUGCAAUUACAGGGCUCAUCUGCCCCCAGGAGCUGCAGACCUGGCCUGCUGCACCCCAAGGUCCUCUGCAACCCUUGGUGCUGCUCUCAGUCUCAGAGCCUGCACAGAAGCUGCUGGGACACUGCAGGUCCCCCAGCUCCUCAGGUACAGCCGUUGCUACCACCUGUGCCUCCAGACACUGGGUCUGCAUAUAUGCCUCUCAGUAGGGGACAUACAGAUGUUGUCCAGGUGGGGCACAAGGCAAUUCCAGAACAAAUUGCUCAGGACUUUUCUUCCAGACACUGGGAGGUGCCUGGAACAUUGCAAUCCUACUGACACCAUUCUACAGCAGGAAAACCAGAAUGUGUGUCAUGUCAGA